CUCCCCCCUCGUCUCGCCUCACCUUUCCGAAGCCUUCCCCGCGCGCUUCCCUCCCUCCCCCUCCCUCGUGCUCCCCGCUGGCUGGAUCCUCGCCACCACCACCACCACCCCCCACAAAAGCGACCGCCGCCUACUCCCCUCGUCCAGCGGAGCGGGGCGGAGUCCAGCCGAGAUCCGCGCGGAGGCGGGACUCGUGUCGCCGGCGAGUCGUCCCUUCCCCCCGAGAUUCGGUUGUUCGAUCCGCUUAGGCGCUCCCUGCUCUUCCUCAGCUCCGCGCCGCCUCAAGAUCGAAGCCACGAGCUGACGCUGCCGGACUUCACUGCUUGCAGCCCGAUGAAGGCGCGGCCGCGCUCCGAGUCCGCCGCCGCUCCGGCCCCAGAUAACCAUUGGCACGGGGAUGGACUGAACUUCAAACUAGUCUGAGGGCUGGGCAGUGCUGAAAAUGGUUUCAUGAAGCUUCAGCAUGAAACCUCCGAUGCCGAGGCUUUGGUCUCGGCAGCAUCAAGGAACCUCUCCUCCUCGUCCUCAGCAUUUGUUUCGGCGAACCAGUCCCCCUUCUUCACGCCACGGUCGCUCUCCGCUCGUGCCCCGGAGCAUGCCGGUCCUGAGAACAAGUGCUCCGCGAAUGGCAUUGCGCUGAAAAUCAGUGACAUACUCUCUGGUGACUCCUUCGUACAGCCAGAGCAGCCACCAUCAGCCAAUGUUGGGGUCUUGCCAUCAGAUGUGUCUCCUCCUAUUAGCCUUUGCACUUCAAGCAACUUUGGCACUCCAGCGAUUGUCUACAACAAUCCCAGCUUCGUUUCCACUUUCAAUGGCCCGUGCCAAGGUAGUUCGUCAGCGACCAGCAAUGGUGGUCGUUCGGCCAGGAAGGAGAAGCAGAAGAGGCUGGGGGGAAUGUACCGUAAAUCUUCAUCAUCCCAACCAACGACAUCAGCGGCCUCUGUCAGUAGGCUUCGGAGCUAUGAUGUAUACAUUGGAUUUCAUGGCCGCAAGGCUUCACUGCUGAGGUUCACAAACUGGCUUCGUGCAGAACUAGAGAUACACGGAAUCAGCUGCUUUGUUUCUGACAGAUCUAGAUGCCGGAAUUCUCACAGCCACGAUGCUGUUGAGAGGAUAAUGAAUGCUUCCACAUAUGGAGUUGUUGUUCUCACAAAGAAGUCAUUUGGUAACCCUUAUACCAUUGAGGAGCUCAGGAACUUCUUUGGCAAGAAAAAUCUCAUCCCUAUAUUUUUUGACUUGGAUGCAGCUGAUUGCCUUGCCAGGGAUAUCAUCGAGAAGAGAGGAGAACUGUGGGAGAAACAUGGUGGCAAGCUGUGGAUGUUGUAUGGAGGGAUAGAACAUGAGUGGAUGGAAUCAGUUGAUGCUCUUUCUCGGGUGGUAGAUGUGCAAUUAGAAGUGAAUGAUGGCAACUGGAGAGAUUGCAUACUGCAAGCAGUUAUUCUUUUGGCCACAAAAUUAGGAAGGAGAAGUGUGGUUGAUAGGGUGAACAGAUGGAAAGGGAGGAUGGAGAAGGAGGAAUUUCCUAUCCCCCGUAACGACGAUUUUGUCGGCAGGAAAAAAGAGCUCUCAGAAUUGGAGCUCAUUUUGUUUGGUGACGUCACUGGAGAUGGAGAAAGAGAAUAUUUUGAGCUCAAGACAAAACAGAGAAGAAAAGGCCUCGCGGUUAGGCGGUCUGCUAACAAUCAUGAGCAAGUAAAUACUGAUGACAGCAAAGGUAAGGAGCCAGUUUUGUGGAAGGAGACUGAGAAAGACAUUGAGAUGCAGAGAUUGGAUAGUCCAUUGCGACAUGGGCGGCCAUUGAGAGUGAAGAAUGGCAUAAGGCAUGGAAGGAAGAAAAGAUCUAGGAAGAUACUUUAUGGAAAGGGUAUUGCUUGCAUAUCAGGGGAGCCUGGAAUUGGCAAGACAGAGUUGGUUUUGGAGUAUGCUUAUAGAUUCUUUCAGAGAUAUAAGAUGGUUUUAUGGGUCAGAGGGGAAAGCAGAUAUAUUCGACAGAACUAUUUGGCUCUGAGAACUUUUCUGGAAGUAGAUUUAAGCGUGGAUAGUCACUUGCAUGAAAAGGGAAGUGACCGAUGCUUUGAAGAGCAGGAAGAGGAAGCCAUUGCCAAAAUCCGGCAAGAAUUGAUGCGUGACAUACCAUUUUUAGUCAUAAUUGAUAAUUUGGAGAGUGAGAAGGACUGGUGGGAUAAGAGAGUCAUAAUGGACCUUCUGCCACACUUCGGUGGGGAGACUCACUUCAUCAUAACAACACGUCUUCCACGCAUGAUCAACUUGGAGCCAAUGAAGCUUUCUUAUUUAUCUGGUGCUGAGGCAAUGACUUUAAUGAAGGGAGGUGUCAAGGACUAUCCACUGGUGGAAAUCGAUGCUCUCAAAAUCAUUGAGGAAAAGCUUGGAAGACUCCCUCUCGGCCUAAGUAUUGUUGGAGCUAUACUCUCGGAGCUCCCAAUAACUCCGACUAGACUACUUGACACAUUGAAUCGGACACCACUCGUAAGAAAUUUCUCGUGGAAUGAGAGAGAAGUUCUCAGCUUGAAAAAUCAUGAAAUCCUUGUCCGGCUGCUGGAUGUGUGCUUAUCCAUAUUUGACCACGCUGAUGGUCCUAGGAGUCUGGCAACUCGGAUGGUUCAAGUUAGCGGUUGGUUUGCACCCUCUGCAGUUCCAGUUCACAUGCUGGCCCUGGCUGCACAUAAAGUCCCAAAAAAGCACCGGAGAGGUCCAAGGUGGAGGAAGUUGUGGCAAACACUAACUUGUGGCCUUGCAACUUCUAGGAUGAAGAGAUCUGAAGCUGAAGCAGCUGCAAUGUUAAUGAGGUUUGGAAUUGCGAGAUGCAGCGCAAAGCCUGACCAUGUACAGUUUCAUGAUCUGAUCAGGCUAUAUGCUCGACAGCGCGGAGGCACAAGAACGGCUCAGGCUGUCGUCCAAUCAGUGUACCUCCAAGGCUCAAUCAAACAUUCUUCUGAGCACCUGUGGUCUUCCUGCUUCAUGGUUUUUGGAUUUGGUUCUGAUCCUCUGUUGGUAGAACUGAGGCCAUCUGAACUGAUGUUCUUUGUGAAACAGAUUGUUGUGCCACUUGCUAUACACACAUUUAUAACAUAUUCACGGUGUAACGCUGCACUGGAGCUGCUGCGCCUGUGCACUGAUGCGUUAGAGAGAGCAGCUGAGUCCAUGCUUGCUCAUGCUGGCAAAUGGAGAGAAACAUCAUUCUCCUGCUUUAGGCAAGCUCAGUCGGAAGCCCAGUACACUUAUCUUUGGCAGGAGCUGGCUAUUCUGAAAGCUUCUGUAUUGGAAACAAGGGCCAAGCUGAUGCUCCGAGGUGGACAAUAUGACAUUGGAGAUGACCUGAUAAGGAAGGCAAUAUUUAUCCGCACAUCUAUCUGUGGCGAGCACCAUCCUGACACCGUUUCUGCUCGAGAAACCCUUAGUAAACUCACAAGGCUUCUUACAACUGUUCAGCUUAGUUGAUUCGUAUAGUUUAGGAGUUCACAAUAUAUUCUUUUCAGUGUGGCUUUUCAUGAACGCCAUACAAAAUGCACCAGAUCUUGAAAUAACAAAGUAAAUUUGUCUUCAGUAUUCUUUAUAACUCUUUUUUGUUGUUUUCCAGCA